GCAAUAUCCCAUAGCUUUAUGUAGUGAUAGAGAAGCCAAUCGUUUCAUCGUACUUCUAAUGGUCUAGAUAUCUGUGUAUACACAAUUAUUUGACCUGUCAUUGGUCUCUCUAGGCUUUCUCUUUUGUAAUUAUUGUUUGAUUGUGGGAUUUUUUUUAUGUUCUUUUGGUUUCUUUUUUUUUCUUCGUAGCCUGCGUCUGGGACUCUAAUUAACGGAAAGGGAGUAGUUAUUUGCAAGUAUCCAUCUGAUCCAACUGUUGCCUUGGGUUACCUUUCUGCUGCCUUUCUCCUUGCUUGCACCGUAGCUGGAUACAAAUCCUUGUUCAUGUCUUACAAGGGAAAGUCUGUCCCCAACUCUGUCUUGUUCAAAAGCACCAGUUUCUUUGUCUUCUUCAACAUUGCCUUGAUCACAUCUGGACUGGCACUGUCUCUAUUGCUAUGGCCAACCAUUACAGAGCAACUUCACUUGACGCGUAAUGUUCAUCGGAACUUAGAGACCAGUUGUCCCACGGGUCUGCUUGGUGGAGGUGCCUUUGUGUCAUUGGACUCGUGUCUUUUCUGGUUGGUCGCUCUGAUGCUCGCUGAUAACGCAAGUGAAGACCAUUUUGAUGAAAGUGAGGACAGGAACGUCAAUGGGAACUCUUCCUCUAGGGAUGUUAAUCUCAAGAUUGAUGCUUGAGAGAAUAAUCUGCAUCUGUUUAUUGGUAUUGGGUAUUAAUAAAUGGUUUUUACCCUUAUUUUAUUCCUUAUUGGAUAGUAAAUUAACUAUUUGUUUCUUCUGGUUUUCUUCUAUGUUCUUAAUAAUAUUUGAUUUUUAAAGAUUAGAUGAAUUGUUACUGAACUUGAUGCAUUGUCAUUUUGAAGUUGUAUAUUAUAUUUACGCUGAUUCUUGAUUAA